AUGACUGACUCUGUUCUCUUCUUUCAGCCUCAGAUACUUCAGUCCAUUCACAGCCUCCAGGACCCACUGAGCCACCAAUCAGGAAGUCCCGCUGAGGAUCCUGGGAAACGCAGUCCACUCCCCUCCAAGCUCCGCCUCCUCAUGUUCCCAGGCUCCUCCCACUUCAAGCCCUCCGCAAGCCCCACCUCCAAGCGCAAAGCAGGAAGUAAGAUCAGGCCCGGCCCCACCCCUUCCUGCCCGUCGCCGUUGGUUUCCCGCCUUCCCAAACCAAAGACUCAGUGA